UUGCCAUCUGCCACAGGAAUUUCGAUUGCAUAUCUGACCGUGCAUAUUGAUAGUCGGAUUUUCACGGUGCGGGCCGCGGAAAAUGCGCAUUCGAAUCGUUACGUGUCUGCUUUUUUGUUAUCAUUAAAAUCAUUUUGUCAAUCUCUGUCAAAACUAUGAUUUUAAUAUUGAAAUUUUCUUUAUUGUUUAUUUGUGAAUUUGUAAACGGUGAGACGUUCAGAAUUGGUUACAUAUCGGGGUCGAAAAGAUUACGGGAAUUCCCUACUUAUAAUCGACCAGGAUAUCAAAUCAGCGGUGCAAUUGCGUUGGCUGUUAAUCAAAUUAAUGAACACCACCCAGAUGGCAUUCUUGCUGGGCACAAACUGGAGUUCGAAUACGCAGAAACUUACGGACUGGAGACGGAAAGCAUGAAACAUACAGCGAGAUUUUGUGUAAACAAUUUCUCCGCCAUCAUUGGGCCACAAGAAACGUGCAUGCAUGAAGCCCGACUGGCAGCCGAUUUCAACAAGCUGAUGCUGUCGUAUUUCUGCCAUAAUGCGCUGAAGGAUGGUAAUAAUUCGGCUGGAGGUUACGCAACCUUUGUUUCCGUUAAACCACCGGCAUCACAAGUUGCAAAGCCGCUUGCUUCGUUAUUGCUAAAAUAUAACUGGAAAAAGGUCACGUUGCUGUAUAACAGCGAGAAGUCCAGACGACUGAGCGAAUCAGUUCAAAAGCAAAUCACCGAACAGGGUAUCCAGGUUCUCCAUACGGAAACCUGGACAGGAACUUACUUCGUGGGAAUGCCUAGCGUACUACCGAAUCCCUUCAAGAAAAUUGUACAAAACACGCAACAUUUAACAAGAAUUUAUGUUGUAAUCGGCAAUAUCGAGGAACAUCUUGGCUUUAUGGAGGCCAUGGACCAGGCCGGUCUGUUGGACACCGGAUUGUAUUUUGUUGUUGGGAUAUAUCUGGAGCAAUAUCGCUCAAGAGAAGCCUCAAAAUACCUAAACGGAGUGUUCUUGGAAAAGGUUAAACCUGAAACUAUUAAAGCCUUUCAGUCGUUCUUCGGAAUAAUUCCCUCGCCACCAAAAACCGACAAGGUCAACCUUGAUGAAUUCACCAAGAAUGUCAACAAAUUUGCCGAACUGCCGCCAUUCAGUUUCGCUUGGCCACAGGACAUUCCGCGAAAUGUCCGAACCGAAGCGGUGUAUCUGCACGAUGCGGUUAUGCAGUAUUCGAUAGCGCUGCAUGAAUGUCUGCAAAACCGUUCCCAGUGUCCAGAUCCUCACAAUGGCGUUAGUUUGAUGAAGUACUUUGUUAAUCGAACUUACCAAAGCGCCAUGGGAUACGAUGUUCACAUGGACAGCAACGGAAUAGCACAGGGAAAUUAUUCAUUGUUGGCAGUGAGGAAACAGGAAUCGCUGGAUGGAUUCGAUAGAUUCGGUCUGGUAGACAUCGGAGUAUUCUUUGUGGGACACGAUUACCACAGCGACCUCCCGGUUCUGGUACUGAAAGAUGGCGAAGAGGUUUCAUGGGCAUAUCCGUUCCCUCCAGCAGAUGAACCGCGCUGCGGUUUUGACAACGAAUAUUGUCCUACCAUUUGGCGAUGGGUGAUUGGAUUGCUGAUUCCCAGUUUAGUCGUCACUUUUAUUUUUUCAGUGUGUUAUUUCAGAAUGGAACGAACAGAAGCUGGAAUUAAGGAUUGGAAGGAUUUGCAGGUGGAGCGCAUACGCAAUUAUCUGUGCACGCGAGAUCUGCCGCCGACGAUGGUCAAGAUGUUCUACUCCAGCUUCCUGGAUCUGGAGGCGCUGGUUGAGCUGCAAGCCGUGACGGCCACGCGCGGCGUAGAAGUGGGCCUUUUCAAAGGGGAAGCUGUGGCGGUCAAGCGCCUCUGCUGGAUUCGCUGCUUGGAUUUAACCGACGAUAUCAAACAAGAUCUAAAAAAAACGAAAGAAUUGGCCCACCCUAAUUUAUGCGCCUUCAUCGGCGCCUGCACCGAACCGGCUUGUUUGGUAACCGAAUACUGCCAGCGCGGUUCACUAACCGAAGCACUUUACGGGCACUUUUUUCCGCUGCUCUGCAAAGGUUUUAUCUGGUCAUUUAUUGUGGACAUUGUCAAGGGAAUGUCAUAUCUUCACGCAAGCGUAUACAAAACCCAUGGCAGCUUAUCGCCGGCAUAUCUACUAGUAGACAGCAAAUUUACCGUGAAAAUUACGAAUUUCGGUUUGAUCGAGUUUCGGAAGAAGUUCAAAAUAACAUCGUCCAAACCGCAACAACGUCGUCUGUGGAUGGCACCGGAGUUUCUCCGAAUGACUGAUCCGCCUCUAGAAGGCUCACAAAGCGGAGAUGUUUAUUCAUUCGGUCUGAUUCUGUACGAAAUCAUCGGCCGAGAGGGUCCAUUCGGCCACACCGAUUUAACAAACGACGAGAUUAUUAAGAAAAUUAGGGAUGGAGAUGGCGAAGCGUUAUUUCGACCGUCCCUCAGUCACCUCUUGGACACUACGCCGCAUUAUCUAAUUCAGUUAAUGCGCAGUUGCUGGGAAGAAAGCCCCUUUGCGCGGCCAAGUUUUCCCAGCAUCAUGGAGCGAAUUAAAUUAUUAAAGCAGGGAAUGAAGCCGACAAUAUUGGACAACAUGGUGCAUUUGCUACAGAAAUAUGCCACAAAUCUGGAAAACGAAGUGGCUGAACGAACAAUGGAGUUGGCGGAAGAAAAGCGGCGCACGGAAUGCCUGCUGUAUGAAAUGCUCCCACGCCCUGUUGCUGAAAAGCUAAUAAACGGCAAGACCGUGGAAGCCGAACAAUUUGAUUCCGUAACAAUAUUUUUCUCCGAUAUUGUUGGCUUUACUUCCUUAAGUGCCGGAAGUACACCCUUUGAGGUUGUAGAGUUUUUGAAUGAUUUGUACACAUUAUUCGAUAAAAUGCUGGAGCUGUACGCAAACGCUUAUAAGGUGGAAACGAUUGGAGACAGCUACAUGAUGGUCAGCGGACUUCCCAUUCGAAACGGCAAGCGUCAUGCGGGAGUAAUUGCUGACAUUUCCAUCCAUUUAUUAUCGGCUAUAAAAUGCUUCCGCAUACGUCAUCGUCCUUCUCAACAGCUGUUACUGCGUAUCGGCAUCCACAGCGGAUCAUGCGUGGCUGGAAUUGUGGGCCUUAAGAUGCCGCGCUACUGCCUAUUUGGCGAUACUGUGAACACGGCGUCUCGUUACGAAUCAACCGGGAAACCUUUACGAAUACACUGCAGUCCACAAUGUAAAACAAUUUUGGAUUCUCUGGGUGGAUACUGUUUCGAAGCCAGAGGCCUGGUGCCGAUGAAAGGGAAGGGUGAACAACUGACCUAUUGGUUACUGGGACACGACGUCGAUUCCGACAAGCACCAGCUACGUAACAUUGUUUCCAUGGGCGAUAUUCCAAAUGCCGGCAACCAGCCGUUCCUCGUCAGCAUCCGUAGUCCACCACAAGCGGAACUUCAGCGACGCUGGAGCAACAUUAAAAGGCCACCGCUCAGCCAACUACAGCUACGGACAGCUUGGGAUGGUCAGCCUGUUAACCCAAGUUUGCCGGAGGAUGAAAAGGUCAAUAACAACUACCCGCUUGCUCUUCCGCCCUACAAGGAUACUAAGCCUGACGGAUUUCGAUGUGACCUUUCUAAGGAAGCAGUGCCGCUGAUGAUGAGCUAUCGAAAGAAAGGUGUUCCAAGCAACGAUAUGGCACAGCUCAUGGAAGAGAAAGAAAUAAAUAAUGCAUAGACGUUUAGAUAAAAUAUGCGGGGGUUGUUGUACUGGAAUUAGCAGCCGCGAUGUGGAUAAAUGUAGCGGUAACAUGUAACCGUAAAAUAUAAUUAAAUCUCGCGAUGGGA